CUGGUUUUCGGUUUUUUUUUUUCGUUUUAUUUCCAUUAUUUAUUUAUUUUAUUAUUAUUUUUUAAAUUUCGUUUCACCGUCACCACUUGCCAACUACACCAUCUUCUUGUCCAGGGAACACUAACGUCUACCAUACACUCUUCUCUUUCUUCGUUGUCGAUUUUUUCCUUCAUAAUUAUUACACCAAUCUUCUUUCAAACUCUGUGUCUCAGUCCACUACAGUCAAACCCGACAAUCCGUUCGCGGACAACACAAUACGAUGAUGUACUACCCGCGACUAACUACUCGUAUUCGUCGAAGGUUGAAAUAAUAUUGAAAAUCAGUACAUGAUGAUGGCCGGCAAAGAUGAUAUAGAUGACUGUGACAUCAUCAAACAGGGUCUGAUGGUGAAGCGAUCGCAGAACAAAAAACGAUUCAUGCCUAUUAACUACAAACAGAGAUGGUUUGUAUUGACAACCAAGAACUUCAUUUACUAUGAAUCAGAAUCAGAAGAAAUUAUUGAAAGAAGCUCACUGCCGUGUCUCCAUAACAUACAUCAACUGCUUAACAGGCGUAAAAAAGAACGAGGUCGUAUAAAAUUGUCUUCGGUAACUGUGAUUGAAACAGCUACCAUUACUUCUUCACCAAAUAUUUUAUCUCAAGAUACUACUAAUAAUGAUGGUGAAAAUGGGUAUGCAUUUCAAAUAUCAUAUAGUGAUGGAAAUGAUCAACAGUAUACAUUAUAUUUAAUCACUCAAAAACUUCAAGAUCGAUCUGAUUGGAUAAGAUCUUUAAGAGCUGUAUGUGCUGACACUUUGGUAAAGAGUGAAAAAUAUCAUGCAUCAAUUUGGGGUGGUAAAAAAUGGCAAUGUUGUCGAGCUCCAACACGUAUUGCUGAAGGCUGUGAACCAUGUUCUGAAUGGAACAAAACACCACCAAAUUCGCCUAUUAUAAAAAAUAGUGAAAAUGAUAGUCCCAUAUUAGCAUUAACAGCAAGCCCAAUAAUGCCAGGUGGUACUCCAGCUGCCAAGUUAAAAGACCAAGUUCCAAGGAUUAAGGUAGUCACUGCUCUAUAUCCCUUUAAAGCAAUUGAACCAGGAGAUUUGACCUUAGUUAAAGGAUGUGAAUAUGACGUCAUUGAUGAUUCUCAAGAUCAUUGGUGGAAAGUAAGAGAUGAGCAUGGUGCUAUUGGUUACAUUCCUAGUAAUUAUGUUAAAGAAAAAGAAUUUCUUGGUCUUCAAAAAUAUGAGUGGUAUGUUGGAGAUAUGUCAAGACAGAGAGCUGAAUCUCUUCUUAAACAAGAAGAUAAAGAAGGCUGUUUUGUGGUUAGAAAUUCAUCAACCAAAGGUCUUUAUACAUUAUCUCUUUUCACAAAAGUACCACAUUCACAUGUGAAGCAUUAUCACAUAAAACAAAAUAGCCGAGGAGAUUUUUUUUUAAGUGAAAAACAUUGCUGUUCAACUAUUCCAGAAUUAAUUAAUUACCAUCGUCACAACAGUGGUGGAUUAGCAUCACGUUUAAAAGCCUCUCCUUGUGACCGCCCUGUUCCUGCUACAGCUGGCCUUAGUCAUGAUAAAUGGGAAAUAGAUCCUGCAGAAUUAAUGUUGUUGGAAGAGCUAGGAUCAGGUCAGUUUGGUGUGGUACGCCAUGGUAAAUGGAAAGGUUCUAUUGACACUGCAGUCAAAAUGAUGAAAGAAGGCACAAUGUCUGAAGAUGAUUUUAUUGAAGAAGCCAAAGUCAUGACGAAACUCCAACACCAGAAUCUAGUCCAACUUUAUGGAGUUUGUAGUAAACAUCGUCCAAUUUAUAUAGUUACCGAGUAUAUGAGACAUGGAUCACUGCUGAAUUAUCUCAGGCGACAUGAAAAUAGUUUAGGAGGAAACAAUGGUUUAUUACUAGAUAUGUGUAUUCAGGUUUGCAAAGGGAUGGCAUAUUUAGAACGUCACAAUUACAUACAUCGUGAUCUUGCUGCUAGAAACUGUUUAGUGGGUUCAGAAAAUGUUGUAAAAGUCGCAGAUUUUGGAUUAGCCCGGUAUGUCCUCGAUGAUCAAUAUACCAGUUCUGGUGGUACCAAAUUCCCCAUUAAAUGGGCUCCUCCUGAAGUCUUAAACUACACUAGAUUUUCUUCCAAAUCUGAUGUUUGGGCUUAUGGUGUUUUAAUGUGGGAAAUAUUUACUUGUGGUAAGAUGCCAUAUGGACGUCUUAAAAAUACUGAAGUUGUUGAUCGUGUACAAAGAGGUAUUAUUUUGGAAAAACCAAAAAUGUGUUUUAAAGAAGUUUAUGAGGUUAUGCGCAAGUGUUGGAGCCAUUGUCCUGAAGAUCGUCCAUCUUUUAGAUUGUUAAAAGAUCAACUGGCUGUCACAUCUCAGGGUUUAAUAGCAGAUUGACGUGUUCCACUACAAUCAUGCAAUUGCGCUAUUUGCUUGUUGCUUGACAUUGGUUAUGAGCCUCUUAUAGAGUUGUGUCGUAUAGUGAUUGAAACAAAUCGCCGUGGCACUCUUUGAACGUACAAGUUCUAUAUUCAGUUGUCAAAAAAAUUUCUGUGAGUUUAUCUACAAAAAAAUGAUCUCGAACUUUGCUAUAAGUUUUUUAAAAACAAUUUCAAGUGCUGUCUACAUUUUAUAAGUAAUUACUAUUUUAUUGACAUCAAUUGAGAUACACAUUCCUUGUAUGUACAUGUUGUAUUUAAAAGCUUGAAAAUUUAGUAUUAUUUGGGUAUUCAUUUUUUACAGGAUCUUAAAUCCAAAAUCAAUUUUUAAAACUAAAUUGAAUUUUAAUACACUGUUUUUACUACUAAUAUAAACAAGAAGUUUGUUGCUAAAUUAACAAUAUUUGUAUUAUCAACUUUUUAAAUCAAAAUUUUAUUGAAAAACAAUGUAAAACAAUUUUAUUUUAAGUCUUCCAUUUAAAGAUAAAGUAUAAACUAACCAAUGUGCUCCAUUGUACACACAUAUUUGUUAUUUACCUUUGAUAAUUACUGUGAUAUCAUACUUUUAUCUUUUUAUUUUAAAUUUAGAACAAAUAUCAAAUUUUUCAUAAAAAUAAUUAAAGUGUUUCAUCAAUUUUGAGAUCAAAAUAUAUAUUGUUAAGUAUUAAGUAUGAAGACUAUUCUGAAAACAGGUAUAUCCACUGUCCACAUAAGUAGGGUAGUAAAUUUUGUACCACUGUAUCUUAUAUAUUCUUGAACUCCGUUUUCCGAGUGUAAAAUCAGUUAACUCAAUUAACGAGCUAAACAAAUUUUAAACCAUACAUAUUUAUGUUACAAAAGUCUAAUUUUCUGCUCAGAAAAUGUAUAUGUUAUAUGUAUAUGUAUAAUGUUCAAAAAUAUAUAUUGAGUACAAAUGUAUAAAGUUUACCCCGUUUUUAGUGGCCAUGUGGUAUUUAUACCUAGCUGAAAUAUAGAAUAUAUAAUAUAUACAUAUAUCAUAUGACAGAUUUUAUAGUAGAUGCAAACCUUAAAAUUAUUAUUUUGAUGUUUUUAUUCUUAGUUAUUUUACAUUCUUAUGUUUUACAAUUUACAGAUCUUAUACUUAUUUAUUAUUGAUUUGGUAUCGUUUAUUUAAAAUAUCAUACAAAGUUAGACCUAUUUAUAAUACUGGCAAAAUACCAGAGUUAAAUACCCGUGUAUACAUAUAAAUUGUAUAUUGGUUUAAUCUCAAUUGUGUCAAAUUGUGUAUGCUUAUUUUAUACUAUAUACAUUAUUACCAAAAAGGUAAAUUGAGUGUUUAAAAUAUUAAAUUAUAAGUUAAGGUUAUAAUGUCAAAAAAUAUGACAUUUAAAAUGAUAUAAUUUUACGUAAUAAUAAUAUUGAACAUUGUGUUAUUCUUUUAGUGCAUUAUUUUUAGCAAGCAAGCUUAAAAAUAUUUUUAUGAGUUCCAAAUUUUUGUAUUAUUAUAG